AUGGGAAAUACUGUAGACUGUAUGAGCUGUUUUGAUUCCCCUGGUUUGUUAAUAACCGUCAAAACCGGGGACACAAAAGGGGGAGGCUUACACAACGCCGCUUUUCUAACAUUGAUCGAUGACAAAGGCAACAGAUCUAAGGAAUUAUGCUUGCAAGGGUGUUGUGUUACAGUAUUCAAGAAAGGACACACAGACACCUUCAAAUUCUGUGAACCUGUCAGCAUCGGACGCUUGUGCAAGAUCGAGUUUGUCCGCCGCGACGCCACGAAUCGAAGAAAUUACGUCGAAUGGUUUAUUGAAACGAUUGAAGUACGUCGUUACAGUGGACAAGACUACGAAGAUUUCAUUUUUCCAUGCCAUCGAUGGAUUAAAAACACGCUGCCCUUAAUAUUGAGGACAUAUGACAGCUCGCUGCCUCAGUUUGAUGUUGAGACUGAGCAAAGGGAAACUGAAUUGUUUUGGAGAAGAACCAUGUAUCGUUACUACAAACGAAGGCCUGGAAUACCCCCACAGGUAAAAAAAGUGGUUUUAUUAAUAAGAAAAAAUAGCCUGCGUAGCUGGCUGGAUUAACAGGUGAGUGCUGUUGUUUAGUUGGCGGCGGAGCCCUCCGCCAUCGAAAAAACACCGCGGGUAAAGAAAAUACCCGGUGCAUAACAAGCCCUAAGGCGCGCAUGAAUAAAAUAGCUCACGCAUCCCGCUAGCUACGCAGGCUAAUUACGAAAUAAAUUUUGUAUGUCGCUCAUUCACUGAACUAGAUUCAAAGCUCGAAAUGCAAAUCUUUGCUUGUUGAAAGUAAUUCAAGAUGAAUGUAAAAUUAUGGAAGUGAAAAGAUUAGUUUUUAAUAUAGUGGAAGAAUGCUGACUGGGUCCUUUUCUCAGGCCAAGGUCAGCGCAGCUAGGAUACUUAACAUUUAUUCCAUGAGCGCGCGUUGGAUAUGAGUUGGCUAUAACUAUCUCAUAUCCAACAAGCGCAAAUGGAAUAAUUGUUUUAUUAAUUUUUUUUAAACUCCAAACGUCUGGUUAUUACAACUGAAUUUUAGUAAAUUUCAUUUUAGAUAUUAAAAAGCGACCGGAUAAUAAUGUAACUUCCGGUAAACCAAGGGAAAAUCACAUGACAUGUGCGCCGUUUGCGAACUUAGUUGACUGAAAAAUCUGAUAGGAAAGGACACCUUGCUUAAAUUAUGCUCUACAAGUACUGUUUUCGCUUUCCCUCGCUGGGACUGUGGAAUUUGACGCUGGAUAGGUCGACCUGAUUGCUUUUCAAUUUUGUUUUCUUCCUUCACUGAAUCGGAGCUGCACAGAGACCCAGCUUCAUUUUGUUGUUGUUGUAAAGUUGUUGUUGUUCAAUGGAAAGCCACUGGUUGGUUGUAACAUUUACUUGAGGACCGUUAUGGUCCCUUAUGGACUUGCGAAAGUGUUAAGAGGUGUAAAUUGUUCUUCAAACACGCAAAGAUUCUGCUAAUCGUUUGAAAACUUUCCGCCUGGAAGGGCUUGCAAGCCAUUCUGAAAAUGUUUAAGGUAAACUUUGUUGUUGUUGCUGUUGUUGUUGUUGUUGUUACGGAAGAAUACCUUAAGCUUAUAAUUUCUUUAAAUUUGUAAGGAAACUUCGGAGUACCAUUAAAUAAUUGCAAACCAAAGUCUGUGCUUUUUUGCCCAUGCUGUUAUGGCAUUUUCUGUUCAGUUUUUUUUUUCUGUUGUUUCGUAGGCAGAAAACUCACGGACUCUAUUUUUUCCAUCGCUUUGUCCGAGAGAAAUUUUGUUGUUGUCCAUAUAAGGUCAAACUAAAGUAUAUGAGCUGAUAACCGAGAUUGAGUGAACCAAUCAGAACGCUAGAAAUGCAUUAUCCGAUGUUGAAAAUUUAAUUUGGUGCCCAGGAGCAAGUGCCUGGGUACUGGCACAUGAAAUAGUGCCGCGCUCACAUCUUGAGUACCCGAUAUAUAUAUGUAACUGUGUACAUAGUUACACCAUUUCACCAUGUCGGAGGUCAUUUUAAAACUUGAGCUUAGCAGCGAGUUCAAAAGCAGUGGACCUCAAAAGAACUAAAAUUCUAAUUGCUAUAAUGUAUUUACAUACUUGUUAUGAUAUUAUAUAUACAUGAUGUACCUAUGACUGCUUUCAGAUCAGCUUUUGUCCAAAGGAAGAAGUAUUCAGCUAUAAUCAUCAGGUAAGUAUGAUUCUUGCCAAAAAUGAAAGAUUAGCCCUCUCAAAAUGAAGAAUGCAGUAGAUUUUCUGCAGUAGAUUUUGCAGUAGACUUUCUGAGCUAUUUUGUCAUUUUUUCCUUUCCUUUUUUAUUAAUAAUCUUCAGUCCUUUGUUACACAUAACUUUAAGGGGCACAAUAUUAGUUUAUCUAGAUGUGCCCCUCUCCUCUCCUUCCAAUAUACAAUGUAAUUCAAUUUAAGUGUUGUAAUUUCUAUUUUACGCGUUUAUUUCCUUUGUAAAUCUUUAUCUGUUACUAUAUUAUUUUUCUCAGUUAUAUUUACAUAACUAUGUAUCAGCUAAGAAUUGGAGGAAUAAAUAAAAAAAUAAAAAAAUAAAAUAAAUGAAUGCAGUAGAUAGAAUAUUCUUCGGCGGAUAUUUAGCAAUUACUUGAUGAGGCUGAUUAGAAUGUGAGAAAUUAUGCAGAAGGAGGAUUGUGGCCUUUCGGCCGAGGCAAAUAAUACCCUCCGAGAUCUUAAAAACUCCUAAUUAGAUCAUACCAAAGCCAAAUCCAAUAACUGUUUUAUUAUUGGCUGUUUUUAUACUAGAGGACGCAUUAUCCGUCCAGACGGAUAAUGCUGGGGCUAGCCUGCAUGGUAGGCGUUAAAAGAGGUAGGGGAAGGGGAAAUUUGGGCGCGCCCCUAAAUUUCCCCUUCCCUUUUCAACGUCUACCACGCAGGCUAUGCUAGGGAAAUGCUAGGGCCACUCACGCGCAUUACACAUAGUCUCCUUGGAGACAGCAACGCAAUAAAGUCGCGUUAUAGACCAACACGCGUGAUGGGAGUUGUUGCAUCCGUUUGCACACAUACAAGAAUCGCAAUAAGAGGAAGAAGUAGCAAAAAAAAAAAAAAAAAAAAAAAAAAAGACGAAGACGAAGACGAAGACGAAGACGAAGACGAAGACGAAGACGAAGAAACAAGAAGAAUGUUCAUUAUGGUUCACACCAUAACUGCGUACCAAAAAAUAAAAUCACCCCCCGUGGGAUUUGAACCCACAACCUUUGAAUUAGAAGUCCAACACGCUAGUCCAUUGCGCCACGGGGGCAGGUCUUAAGUUCAGCCACCAACACUUCAUUUCAUACUGUGACAUUACCUGUUUUUAUUAUUAUUAUUAUUAUUAUUAUUAUUAUUAUUAAUGUUACUAUAUAUAAUAUAAAUAAAUAUGAAGGUAAUUCAAAAUAUUUUAGCUAUUAAUUUUAUUCUCUGCCUUGCUCGUCACUGGCUUUCAAACUUAAGACAUCAGGGUACCCGUUGUAUUGGAGGAGAGAAGAUAAAGGGGGGGCAAUAUUCCAUCUUCUCAACUUUUCUGGAUAGCUUUCUAUCUAACAAACAGCAGAGGGUGAGGUUUGAGGAAUCAUCGUUUUCUUUAUUUGGGCUCAGUAAGGGACCCUGUAGGUUGCCCUUCGUGCCCCACUGCUGUCAUUAACAUGGUGCUGGUUAAAGGAUAGAACCCAACACAUUGGUGGCGCUGCAGCCAUAGAAAUAGGCCUAGGCCCUCGAACAGAAGAAAUUCUUUUCAUAAGAAAAAAGUUAUACUACUCCCACAGGACUGGUUGCUGGGAAAUCAACGGAUCGAUCACCAUUUCAUUUUUUCUGCAGUUGGAGGCGUAAAAAUAGUGUCCGCAAUUAGCAGUUUCAUGCUAAAUACCUUGACACUCAAAUAAAGUGCAUUUUUUGGACGCAAAUGUUCUCUAUGACGUCAUGUGUAAACUCUCUAUACUUUUGACGAAGGGUAUGAAGCUAAACUAAAAAAAAAGCAAGGAAAUAAAGAUUUAAAAUAUUUUUUGCAAUAUAAUUCAUUCUUUCCCACCAGGCCCUUACAUAUUUCUAUUCUUUCUUCUUUGUUUUUUUGUUUUUUAGUGGGAUAUUAUCGUUAGACGAUCCACACUGGUUACCAAAUACAACAUUCCAGAUUAUGGAUCAGAACCCUUGUCCUCUCUUCACGCUUUGGAUGAGAUUUUUGAUAGAAAACUCGGAAAACCUGCGGUGAGUUGACAGGGAUCCAAAGUCUACGUCCAUUUAAUCACUACGAUUGCUGAAACGAAAUUUUAGAUAUUUGUUUACACUUUUAGGGAAGAAAUUUUUGGCGAGAUGAUGUCCAUUUUGCUCGACAAAGAUUGUGUGGUUGUAAUCCAACAUUAAUUCGUCUCUGCACAAAAAUUCCAGACAAGUAAGGAACAAUAUGUUUUUCUGUCUCGUAUCUUCCAGUAAUGUUUAAGGUAACUUUUAGUCUUACGACAACUUUAAGCACUGUUUAAAAAAGCGAGCAGGAGUAUAUCAUCGGGUUUAAGAACUCGAGGCAAAGCCAAUUGCUUUUAAACCUGAUACGACUGCGAGAUUUUUGAACGGCUUCAAAAUCUCAUUUAGAUCAACUCAUUCUUGCACUAAUAUUCAGAUUUAGGGUUAUUUUGGUCUAAAAAAUUGAACAAAAGUUAAGCUGUGUCUUUAUCAUAUAUAAAGACACUCAUUAAACAAUCAUAUAUUUUUUUAUGAACUUAUUAAUUAGUUUUUGAUUGUGUUUCGCUAAUCGCCUUAAAUGUGACUUUAUGCUUGCUAUGAAAUUUUCACCAAUCACCACUAACUAACUUUGUAUUGAAGCUUGUCAAAAUGCAGUUUGAAGUAAAAUUGAUAUUACUAUGACCACAACAAACGUAAAACUUUGAAACCGAUAAAAACCAAUCUUGCGCGGUCUAGACUAGACUACGAGUAGUCCCCCAUUUUUCCUCAGGGAUAGUAGAGCAAGCGAAACGCGAGCGCGCGUGAAAAUCACCCCAUGCGAGAAAUCGUAGUCUAGGUCUAGACCUAUUAGUGUCAAGAUAUCAUGUUUACGUACGCGUCAGAAAGCUCACCUGGUACUUCAUUGGUGUUGAUAUAAUACAUAAUAAUUCUGAAUUACAGCGAGAAGAACUUUUCAAUCGUUUCUUUCAAGCUUCUUCUACAUAUAAAGAAGCAAUAAAUGUUUCAGCGUUUAUCGUAAACACUACUACUACUACUACUACUGCUGCUAAUAAUAAUAAAUAAUAAUUACAAUUUUAAUUUUUAUAGGUAACAACUUAAUAACUUUAUAUUCCCUUUUUAGUUUUGCAGUCACUUCUGUAAUGUUGGAGCCGUUUCUUGAAGGUCGAACGCUAGACGAAGCCUUAGAAUCGAAGAUGAUCUUUAUUGUCAACUUGGAAAUCCUUAGCCGUCUUAAACUAGAUGAAACACGAAAGGUUGGACAUUUAAAAUCUUUUGCGGUUUUUAUCGGUUGUGAAUAUGACCAACCUUCCCCACACAUCUUCCCAAAAAAGGCCAUUCACCAUUUGCAGUACUCCCAUAAUUCACCUUGUUUGGUGCCCAAAAUUUUGCAGAACUAUUUUUGGAGGUAUUACCAGUAGUCCAAAGAGAGAUUAAAGAUGAUGCUUCCGCAUAAUUUUGAGGGAAAACAAGGUGUGUUAUGGGAGAUGUGCAAAUGGCGAAAGGCAUAUUAUGUUUCUUAGUUCCAAUUGUCUUCUCUUUCGUAAAAGUGGUUUGUUUUCUCUCAAGAAAAUCUUAAGAUUGCAUGAUUAUAAUUUCAUGCUACGCUUCUGAAGUUUAUGAUCUGCAGGUUUCCACAUCUCAAAAAAUAUGUACCUCUUUUGAAACAAUAUUGUCUUUGAUUCGUUGAUAGGUUGUUUCGCCACUGGCGCUGUUCUUUCUAAGUCCCGCCAAAAGAUACCUCAUUCCUAUCGCUAUUCAGCUUUUCCAAGAAAAAGGAGAUGCAAAUCCAGUAAGUAACAACACCCUAGUGAAUAUGAUUCUUAGGUACGAUCGCGAUUACAACAAGUUAUAGCGGAGCUCCCUCGUUCGCAUUGCGCAACAUUUUUGCCCGGGUAAUAAAACUUGGUUAAAUAUGUGCAUUGGAAGAAGAAAUAGGGGAACUACUUUCUAAAGACACAGCAAGAACAGCAAGAACUCCACUCGACGCAUGAUAACUGCUAUCUAAAGCAUAUGCUCUAGACUAACAUCUCUUUAUAUCCUAAAUGCAAUGAAGCAAACGAAGAAGGGAACGUUAUGUUGAUCGAUCGAGGUAAGCAUUCUUUACGUCUGGAGUAUUCUAAAUGUAAUACGGAGAAUGAAGCAAAUCUCUUAAAGGGUGAAAACACCCUCCUCCUUAUCAGCCGAAAUCUUCAUAUCUUAAGAAAGCCGAAUCUAAUAAUGGCCCAACAUCAACUUUACCUUUUGUAAAGGUACAAGAACAGAAUGGCAAAUUUCAGUCAUUUUCUUUACUAAUAAGUAAGUGUCUUGAAUUGGAGAGUUAUGUCUCUAAACGCUGUCUCUGCUAUCCAUGCGUUCCGGAUGUCAGGUGGCGAGUACUGCUGCCGAUGAUUCAGUGGGACCUUCUCUGUUUAAAGUAUUAGAAGUGGUCAUCUCAAUCACGUUUCUUUGUAUGUUGGGAAUGACGUUAGCGUUUCCACAGACUCCAGUUCGUGUCAACAAAGUAUAAACUGCCUUACGGAAUUCCCUCUUUCGGUUGGAAUAGAUGAUUGGGUUACACAGCGAGUUUACGAAGAAGAUGGAGCUCGUGAUUAAUGUCACCUCAGCAGGAACACUGGCUUCCUGGACGAAACUUCGAAAAAUACCCGAGAUCCAUGUUGGAAGAAAGCACAAUAAAAACGCGGCGAUGAUAAUGAUGACAUCCUUAGCUGCCUUACGAUCGCUUUCUCGCCUCGUCACGUUUUUGUGGCUGUUAUCUUCGGCACCAUCGAGGUUUCCAAUUUGAACUGCUACAGCGUGAGUCUGUCUUCUUGUCACCCUGUAGACCGACCAGUUCAAAAGGGAAAUGACAAGAAAUGGUGCAAAAAAGAAUAGGAUGGCGAAUAUUACCGCGUUUCCUCUGGAAGAAGCACUUUGCACGAAUCCUUGUUCACAGUAAAACACUUGCGGGUUGUAUACGAACUUGCCCCAUCCAAGGAACGGAGUGAUCGAAAAUGGAAUCGGCAUUAUCCAGGCGAGAGCUAUGAUCGCCACUCUGGACUUGUUGAUGGUGCCAUCGUGAGUCAAAGGUGACUGUACUAUGGCUUGGUAUCGCUCAUAAGACACUGCCAGUAAAUGAAACACAGUGUUGAAGUAAAAGUAUCGUAAAAGGCAUGGGUUAAGAUAGCACAUUGUCUCCCCAUAUAGCCACCUUUUGUUUGCUAUACUUGCAACACGGAACGAGUUUACAAGGAUCAAGGAUAGAAAAUCUGAAACCGCGAGGCUGGCCAGUAAGAUGUACCGCAUCACAUGAAAUCUUGAUUCCAGGGCAACCGUCACUAUGACCACUAAAAUAAAGUCGUUGGGGCCUUAUUAACUAUCUCUAGUUUCGUGGUCUAGCAAACAAAGACCUAUGAAUUAGUCUGUAAUAAGGCCCAUGACAGCUUUCAAUUUCAUGGUUUUCGUAAACCGACUAAAUGUUAUUUCUCAUAUAGCAGGUAUCGCCCUUUGAUUAUAUAAACACAAAAAAGUAAACAGCUGACGCAGAAAAGGGAAGGGUUAUUAUUUUCCUUUUAAAUAAUGCUUAGGUUAAAUACAGGAUAAAAACAACACGUUAUAAGGAAGCGAAUGUGUCGCCCCCGUGGCGCAAUGGACUAGCGUGUUGGACUUCUAAUUCAAAGGUUGUGGGUUCGAGUCCCACCGGGGGUGUUCUUUUUUUUCUUUUUUUUUUUUCAUGCUUGGAUGUCAGUGUAUAUAAAGAUCUAGCCAAGGCUAAAAGCGAAAAACCAACAAUAAACGUUAAACCAGCAAAUGUAAAGAAAUUCAUAUUAGUACAGAGAAAUGCAUAAGUUGCGUCGCAAGGUCAGUUUGAGAGGACAGAGAAUGCACCUAAUUUUUUCUUUCCCCCCAUUUUUUCUAUUUGAACAGUUACUGCUCUGCAGUAAUUGAUUGAUUAUGUUGAAUGAAAGUUUUGAAUAGCUGAGCUUUUCAAAAACUGUGUUAUGCCUUCUGCUUUAAUGUUUUGGUGCUCACAUGUGUCCCUUACACUGCAUGCAGAACCUAAAACUUCACGCACUUUUAAAGAUACUUGACUAAUAAGAAUUAACUUUAAAAGGUUACAGUUAAGUUUGUCGGUAGAAUGAAACUGAGAGAAUGUGUCCAGUAAGGAUAAAGCAAUGUAAAUUUUCGUGCCCAAAAAUUGAUUGGGGAAAAGAACAAGCUAGAACAAAAAUGCUUUCUAUAGGGGUGCAGAGAAUCAAAAAUGCCGGCUCGUCAAAAAAAUCAGCAUUAUUUGUGACACAGACUUGCAUCCUGGUACAACAUAGAAUUUUCCUCUCCCGCGUGGUGCUACCUAGGCCGGGACUCCUUUCUUUGUUCCCAGAGGCUGUAUAAAGUAACAUACGUAAUACCCUGAGGUCAAAACCAGAUUUUUGCAUUGCUCUAACAAACGUGGGAGCUCCGCUACCCCGCGCUAUCAACGAUGACCUGUAGAUCACAACGAUUCUCUCCCUGCACCAAACGACAAAAUAUUUCAGCAUUUUGCCGCAUAGCGUUAUAUAUAUAUAUUUUUUGGCAAUCCUUUAAGUUUAUCAGUUUGUUACUUUUUUUUUCUUAUUAAUUUGUUUCCUUUGUCAGGUAUUUCUUCCCAGCGAUCCCUGGUACACUUGGGUGUUGGCAAAGAUGUGGUUUAACAAUGCGGACGCACAAUAUCACAGAGCAUGCGUGUUGCUAGGUACCACAAAUAUCCAUGACCCAUCAGAGUUAUAAUUAGUUAUAGUUAACACAUGUGGUUAUACUGUCCUGUGCAAAAGAAAUGAGACGUAGGGAUCCCAAUUAAAGCAGGAUUAAAUGUUCUCAUUACAUUCUGUCAGUGUUCGCUUGAUGCUAGAGGAAUUUCGUGCAAGUUCUCGCUUUACCGGUCGGAAUUUCGCUCGGGAAAAGUUUUAAACGAAACUAAAUUUUCCUUCCUUGAAUGGAGCAAAAAUUCUGCGAAGAUCUACGCGUUUUAACAAAUGAAUAUAAUUUAUGACAAAAUAGUGGAAUAUUGCUCUAACUACGUCAAGACAAAAGAGUGGAAUAUUACUAUAACUACGUCAAGUUAUUACGUUAUUAGAAAUCGGGGAAGCAAUCCAUCUCAUUUUUACUCUGGACAACCCAAAACUCUAAAAACGAUCAUAGGAAAAAGUUGACUUCCUAUUGACACGAUUCAUGUCUUUUUCUGGACGCAAAAAACGCUGAUUAUGAUUUGUUGUAGCAGCCAAAAAUUUCACAAACAUUUUACGAAAAUUAAUGCUCCCAUAAAAAUUGCUUUUAAACGGUACAACUCUCGACAGUUAUAUGAGCUAUAGGUCCUUAAAGUAGCUUCACAAACGAUUGUCCAGAUUUCUAGCUAGCAAGGAAACGUAAAAAAAAUGGUGUCAUAGUGUUGCUAUGGAUACUUAAAACUAGAAAAAGCGAGUUUCCGCUUUGUUCAACGCAUCUUUGCACUGUGUUCAAAGAGGGUAGGUGUUGUUUCUAAAAAACCGAGUCGCACCUCCUUAAUUUUCUUGUUACAUCUAAAAGGGUACACCCAUCUCUUCCUGGAGGCAGUUUCAAUAGCAACACAUCGGCAGUUGUCUCCCUCACAUCCAGUUUUCAGACUGCUAGCUCCCUACUUGCGUCACGUGAUCCCAAUAAAUUGGUAAGUAAAAUACUUGACAAUCCUUCCUAUAUUAAUGUUAAAAGCACUAGUUAUAUAUAUAUAUGACUACUACAAACUGCAACAAAUGCGAGCUGUCUUGUAAUGCAAGGUAGCCUGCUGGGCCAAGUGAUUACUGCGUUGGACUUUUAAAGAUGUUACUGAUGAUAAUAAUAACGAUAAUAACAAUAAUAAUAAUCAUCAUCAAAGUCAUCACCACCAACAUCAUUAUCGUCGUCGUCAUCGUCCUCAUCAUCAUCGUCAUCAGCCAGGAGCCCAUAACCCGGAGUGUGCAACUCUUAUACUAGGCUUAUGUCACGGCGUUUUCACCGGCCGGUUUAUUUUUGGACGCAUUUUACAGCACUUUUUGCCGCGAAAAUGGAAGCUCCGCUUUCAUGAACGCAUUAGAAAUGUAAGAAGUGACAAAGGAAAACCAAACGUCAUUAGAAGGUCAAAAAUGCCAGUUUUAGGGUUUUAAGUUUUGUUGACUGGUUUGUGGGACCUGAAAGAUAUUCUUAAUUCGCCCCCAAAAUAGUUCUAAAAAUAAACCGCUCAGUGAAAACGUCGUGAUGAGAGCACAUGGGAAUUGUUCGCUCCGGGUUAUGGGCUCCUGCAUCGCAUAAAAUCAUCAUAGUUGAUUGAAAUACUCAUUACAUGACGAUUGGCGGGUAUAAAGCCAGAUUUACAUUUUUAUCAUUAAAUUAUUACCAAGGCAAAUGUCAUCGUUUUGCUGCUUUAAAUUUUUUUUUUCAUUUUUUUUUUUGCGUUUUCUUGGUUGCAGUUUUGAGGUGAAUGAGUUACUUACUCCAGGCUCUUGGAUUGAUACAACUACGACUCUCGGAGCGAAAGGAACUCUGGAUCUCAUAGCGCUUGGGUGAGCAACGCAAGGGAGACAAAGACAACAACAACAACAAAAUAAACAAAAAAGCUAAAAGGUUGUAAAACUGUGGACGGCGGUACAGUCAUCGCAUUUUCCGGCGAAAAUGAUUACAAAUAAGUUACCCGUGCGAGGCAUAGCAUACCUACUUUGCAUCUUUUACGCGGAAACCUCCACACUUGUCAAAGCCCAUCUUAAGGGAGGUGGGGGGGGGGGGGUGAGGAAAACUCCUUAGGCUACGAGUUUUCAUGGUGCCUCCUCCUGUUAUAUAGUCCCCCUGAUAAUUAUUGCACAGUACUUGUCUGUUUUAUCUUGGUAAUUCAAAGCCCAAGAAUAGCACUUUUCCUGUCAUGAUCGCUGCUCUGACGUUUCUGCUGAUGCGUUGAACAAAGAAUUUAUCGGGAGGAGAGAAAAAUAAAAGACGUAUCUAGCUGGUACCAAACAAACAACAAGAUUGCACUCAUAUGUAACUUUGUACUUGAUAAAACCAUUUCAUUUUUCUAUCUUUUGUUGUUAUUUUUUUCGUAGGUGGGAAGAUUGGAGGAUGGAUGUUCAAGGCACGUUACCAGAAGACCUCGAGGAGAGAGGGGUGAGCAAUACAGCUCUAGAUAAUAAAUUAUUUCGGGGUACCGAUUUCAAGAAAGAUUGACAGUCGAUAUUUAUGGUUCACUUAUCAAAAGAUGACGUGUGAAAAAAGGGAUCAGUGUCGACUUAUUGCGACCAAGUGCGUCUAAGACAAUUAAAACUGACGUUCGUGGCUAAGACCUUCAUAAUGACAAUGAUGUUCAUUAGCAUCAUCAUCAUCAUCAUCAUCAUCAACAUUAGCCCCAUCAUAAUCAUCAUCAUCGUCACUGUCAUCGUCAUGUCAUCAACAUCAUCAUAAUCAUCAUAAUCAUCAUAAUCAUCAUCAUAAUUAUCAUCAUGAUUGUUUGGGAUGAAAAUUAUUAAUAAAAGCAUUUUAAAGUCAACAGAUUUACAAAUUACACAAAAAAUUCACUCCGAUGAUGGCAAAGGUCGUGGUGAUUUUUUGCCGUAUUUAAGUAUUGUGAUCGCACCCUUUAAAAAAUGUGGUUAAUACAUAAGAAAAAUGCCUGUCCAAUCCUUAUUACCUCAUUUCUAACCUCAUCUACACUCACACCAGAUAAAUAACAAGUAUUUCAGUUGCCAACGGUUUUUGUGUCAAGUUGAAAACAAGUGUAAUUCAUAUUUUUAUACAGGUUACUCAACUUACUUUGUUCUUCCAUGAUUAAUAUAUGAAUGCCGUAUUUUACCUCUUUAACAGGUAUCUGACUCAGCAGUUCUUCCUGAUUAUCCUUAUAGAGAUGAUGGUCUAAUGUUAUACAAUGCUAUUUACAGAUACGUGUCUUCAAUAGUCGAAGCAAGAUACGGUAAAUAUUAAAAAAGUGCAGAAUAUUUAGGACAGACAGACAGCUGUUAAAUAUCUAGGGUUGAUCCCUAAUGGUUCUUGGCACGCAGCCCUUCAGCUCCAAGCUUUGUAGUUUACAUUUUAGUUUUUGUCUUGCAAUAAAUUUGCAAAGAGGCAACUUCUUAAAUUCAAAAGAAAAAUAUUUAAUUUAAGACCAUUCCACCAACCAAUGAAAUCUACCUUUUUCUCUGGCAUCUUGCACAAACGUUUUCGUUUCAUGGUACAGUGCAGAUAUUAAUAUGAUUACAUUGUUCUAAUUAAUCUCUAGUUUAUGGAUAAAUACUGUUAAUAAUUUGCAAUCACAAAUACAACCUAAUAAGAAAGACAAAGGUGGUUAGCUAAGUAAAAUAGCGCGAAAAGGACUCCAGUUUCUGGCCCAUGCGUUUAUGCCAUGCAUGUGUAGUAAGACUGGUAUACGAAAUUAAGAUGAAAUACCAUAGUAUAAUCUCAUGAUGUUUUCGAAGAAAACUGAUUUUGAGGAUAUGUGUGAAAAUUAGAUUUUCUUAUAAAAAAAUCGUGAAUUAAGGUUCAAAAGCUUUAUCUCGAUCAAGUGAAUCGAAAACACUAUGAUAGUUACGUGUUUCCAUUUCGUCGUACAGAUUCCGAGGACAAAUUAGAGUUACUUAUAAAGAGAAUCAUGAAUCAAGGUUCAAAAACUUUAUCUCCAUCAAGUGAAUCGAAAACACUCUGAUAGUUACGUGUUUCCAUUUCGUCGUACAGAUUCCGAGGACAAACUUGAGGAAGAUUACGAGCUUCAAGCCUGGGCUCUGGAACUUGUAGCGGAUGGCAAUCCAGGAUGUGGAAUAAAGGUGGGCAAAAAAAAAUCAAUAUUGAUUAAUUUUUUAAAUUAGAUAUUAAAAAAAGUACUUCUUCCCAGUGAAAAAUGUUCAAACAUAAAAGUGUGCGCCUGCAGACAAAGCGUUUGUCAGUUGUAAAUUCGGUUCACAUCGAUCAUAACCGUUCUUUUUAUCCUUAAACACCAUUAACACUGCUCAGACGCUGCUUCUGUUUGCUUCCUGUGACGUCAUAUUGUUAAACGUAUGAACUUAGAAUUCAAAUUUACCUAAAACAGCCAUGAAGCGAAAAAUACUAAAAAAAUACUCUAGAAAUUGACUAAUACGUAAGCAAUUGUAACAGUUAACAGUAGCGAUGAUGUCAUAAUGAAGUCAUCUUUUAUCAUGGAAGGCACUGAAACCAUCCGUCAUCUUGAACUCGCGCAUUUUGAAUUGAUGAAAUAUUUUCCAUUUUACUUUAAAAUCAAUUUUAAAUCGCGGAGGUAAUGGCAUAACUAAGAAUCAAGUUAGUUCAAGCAAAACACAACUGAGAAAAUGACAAUUCGCAAAAGUAUGGCUCCCCUUAACAUUGUCAUACGAUCGAUAUUCUCCUCGACCUGGCCUGUUUGUAUUAUACUACGCUAAUACAGUGGAUGUUAUAUAGGGUGUUCCAGGCAACGGAAAGUUCUCUACUACUGUCCAGCUGAGCCAAGCAAUAACGUCCAUAUUAUUUGCCAGCACGGUUGGGCAUGCUGCAGUAAAUGUCUCACAGUACGAUGAAUAUGCAUUUCUUCCCAACUAUCCUGCGAUUUUAAUAGGGAAUCCACCCAGAGAUAAGGUAAGUUCAUCGGACUUCAAUAAACGGCACGAAGCCCUUGACUGUCAUUGGCGAUUCAAGUGUCGAAUUUGGCCUGUCCGAUUAUAAGCUCUUGGUAACCAGACAGGUCAAAUCAGACAGUUUUGGAGCUGCAAUAAGCAAAAUUAAGUAAUAAAUAUGGGCUGUUAACAACCAAUCAGAUUCGAGCAUUUUUUUAUUGACACAAUAAUAAUAAUAAUAAUAUGAUGAUGAUGAUGAUGAUGAUGAUGAUGAUGAUGAUGAUGAUGAUGAUGAUGAUGAUGAUAAUGAUAGUGAAAAAAAUUCUCUAAGAAUGCUGCCCAUUCUAAGAGGUAGGAAUUUUAAUUUAUAUUAGUACUGGUAUCUAUGGGACUAAUAAGGAGGUGUUCGCACUCGGUGUGAAGGAACAUAGUACAUACAUACAGCUUAAGAUUGGCCGAAAGUGAGAUAUAUAAAUUAAGACUUUUUUUCUGUUUUGUAGAAAUGGCGUGAAGAAAAGGAUCUGUUGGUGUGCCUUCCUCCCAAAAACAUUUGCGUAGACAUCAUAGUCAUUAACAAGCUCCUCUCAGAGAGGCACGCUAAUGGCUUAGCAGACUUUCACGCUCAAUACCAGCAUGACCCGGUCGCUAAAAAGGCAAUUUCCAGGUAAUUAGACAAUAUGCUGGCUUAGGCUUAAAUUUUUAGUUUUGGGGCAUUCACCCAAUUACCAGAAAACCCAUCUUUUUCUGUAUUUUCCGUUGUAAAUUAGCAAGAAUUAGCGUGCGUUGCCCCCGUGGCGCAAUGGACUAGCGCAUUGGACUUCUAAUUCAAAGGUUGUGGGUUCGAAUCCCACCGGGGGUGGAUGUUUGCUUUUUUUUUCUUUUGCUCCUUGUGAGGCCGACAACUGCUGCUUGAUUCAAUCAGAGAACUCUAAGGCUCCGAAUAUGAUGCCUAAACAUCCAGCCUAAAAGAUCACCAUUCAGUUUUCGCUAUUUAAUUUGCAGAUUCCUUGAUGACUUGAAGUACAUCGCCCUGACCAUAUUGGACAGAAACAAAAAGAGACAAGUGGUUUAUGAAUACUUAAACCCCAGCAGAAAUUCCAAGUGA